AUGUUUCGAGCUCAGCAGAUAAUGAGAGGAUUCAAAUUGAACUGGAUGAGUUUACGAGAUGCAGAAAGUGGCAAAAUGCUGUGGCAGUGCGAUGAAGAUCUUGCUUCACCUGGGAUGGAGCAUCAAGCUCAUGUGCCUAAAAGUAUACUGAACUGUCGAGCAGUAUCGCGUGAGAUAAAUUUCACAUCUGUUGAAAAAAUAGAAAAAUUCCGUUUGGAACAGCGGGUAUUACUAAAAGGCAGUGUAAUAGAAGAGUGGUUUUUUGAGUUUGGAUUUGUUAUUCCACAUUCAACUAAUACUUGGCAAAAUUUGAUCGAAGCUGCACCACAAGCACAGAUGUUACCUGCAUCAUUGUUGAGUGGUAAUGUCGUAGUUGAAACGAGGUUUUAUGACGAUGAUUUGCUUGUCAGUACAUCACAAAUUCGGAUCUUUUACAUAUGA